AUGGAUCACUCGAAUCCGAACGUUGGCGCCAUGGUCAAGGCGAAACGCAAGCGUGCCAACCCCAAUCAGUUAAAGGUGUUGAACGAGGUGUUCCAGCAAACCUUCUUCCCCUCAACCGAGCAGAGAAUUCAGUUGGGCAAACAAUUGGGCAUGUCACCGAGGACGGUUCAAAUAUGGUUCCAAAAUAAGAGGCAAAGCUGGCGCAGCAAGACGCGUGCCACCUCAUCAUCGCCAAACAAGGACGAGGAAGAUCAAGCUGACAGUGAGAUGGUCAACGGAAAAUUACCCUCUCGAAGAUCGAGUAAUUCCAGCCUAUCUUCAUCCGAUGACGAAGACCUAGGCCAAAGGUCGAUUCCCGACUCUCCUUUGGACACACCAUAUCAUCUUCAUCACCGCGGCGACUAUUUUUCACAUGGUUCUCAGAUGAACAGCAGCAGCGAAAGCGUCAAUCCUCCCUCUUCAGCUAUCAACGGGUCGAGCUCUUAUUUCACACAACAAUCCUCGCCCCCAUCUGACGGAGACUAUUAUCGUUCCAAUGGACACGUGAUGAGCUCGGGAGCUGCAAACAUCGUGUCAUCCUCUCCAUCAUCACUCCCUCCACCCUUGUCAAUGACAGCACCGUUGCCACCGUUCGGCCAGUCACCAUCGAAUAACACGCCCGGUUAUUCGCAUGGCACCUCCAAUGGCAACGGUUCAUUCAAUAACAGGCUACCCGCACCUAUCCUAACCACUCCAUUCACCCAUCAUCGCCACCAUCUUCCCACACAACCUCAGCCAACUUUUGGGUAUCAAUCGGCUGUCACCAGCGGCAUUUGA